UUCAAUAUUAAUCUUUCAAACAACAGUCAUUAAUAAUUAAUGGCAGUCACUCAAACAUUCAUCUUUCUUGCAUUUCUUGCAAUAACUUCAUCUCUUUGCUUUGCUUCUGAUCCAAGUCCUCUCCAAGACUUCUGUGUUGCUGAUAAUGUUUCAAAUGUGUUUGUGAAUGGCUUUGUGUGCAAAAACCCUGAGUUUGUCAAGGCUGAUGAUUUCUUCUUCUGUGGACUCAACAAACCCGGAGACACAUCAAAUCCUUUCGGUUCGAAAGUUACUCAAGCCAAUGUAGCUCAAAUACCAGGCUUGAACACUCUUGGUGUAUCUUUGGUUCGUAUCGACUUUGUUCCUGGUGGACUUAAUCCUCCUCACACUCAUCCUCGUGCUACCGAAAUCCUCGUUGUUCUUAAAGGCACUCUUUACGUCGGUUUCGUGACUUCUAACACUGAUAACAAGCUCUUUUCGAAGGUGUUGAAUGAGGGGGAUGUUUUCGUAUUUCCGCAAGGUCUUAUUCACUUUCAGUUCAAUCAUGGUCCAUCAAAUGCAGUUGCAUUUGCAGGGUUGGGUAGUCAGAAUCCUGGAACAAUCACAAUUGGUAAUGCUGUGUUUGGAUCAAAGCCUCCCAUUUCUGAUGAUGUUCUUGCCAAGGCAUUCCAAGUCAGCAAGGAAAUCAUUGACAAACUUCAAGCUCAGUUCUGGCCUCACAAUUAAUAACUAAUAACUAUGUUUCAUGGAUCAUCUAUAUAUAUAUAAGUUUGUUUUCAAAAUAAGCAAACAUGGCAUAGUUAUGAGUGUUCAUGUUUGCAACAACUAUACUUUGGUUGAUGACUAAUUUGAAUUUCAAGAAUUAGAGAAUGUAUUUAUUAGUAAACCUUGUCAGAAAGAAUGAUCAAUCAAUAA